GACUAAGAUCAAAUUUACACGUUAAUUGUCUCCAAUACCGAAGAGUUGUCAAUGACGUGUGCCGAUUCUUGACAGCAGAAACACUUAUGGCAGAUAGAGGAAAUAAAGACUCUACACCUCCACCGCUUUUACUAAUGCCUGCUGGAGGGGGUUUAACCCUUAAUCCUCCUGAUAAUCAGAAUCUUCUGAUGCCUGUCGUUCAAAGCGAACCUUCACUGCUAGAUUCAGAAGAAGAAGGAGAAGCUGACAGUUUUGUUGGACAAGAGCCUAGUAAUAAUCCCUUCCAGAAUGUUGGUGGUUCAGACCCCUUUGCUAAUGUUGGACACAACCCUUUUCCUUCAAAACAAAUACCCAGUUCAAUACCACAAAGGUUCAACAGUCAGACUCCUCCACAGAGAGCUAGUCCAGGACCAGGACAAAUGGGAACACCAGGUCAAUUUCCUGGAAAUAGAACACCUGGUCAGAUACCUGGUAUGGGAACACCUGGCCAGAUACAUGGUAUGGGGACACCUGGCCAGAUGCCUGGGUUUGGAACACCUGGACAGAUACCAAGACAUGGUGGACCACCAUCUACAGGUUCUACACCACAGAAUGCUUUUAGACGAAAGGAUGCUGGCAAAAUGAAAUAUGCAAUGCCUCCAGAAACUUUAACUCCUGUUCCUAACAUGUUUCAACAACCACCAGGAGCACAGAGAUUCCCAGGGCCAACAUCAAAUCCCCUACCCCCCUCACCAUUCACACCACCAGUGGCUCAAGUAGCACCCACAAUGUCAUCAGGGUACAAUAUGGAAGGGGGCUUUAAUGGUCAACAACAACCUGGGUUCAAUAGUCAACAGCCCUCUGGGUAUUACAGUUCAGCACAGCCUGCUCCAUAUAAUACAGGGGACCAGGGUAUUUAUCAACCAGUUACUCCACAUUGGUGCUAUAGUAAGAGAGUGGAACUGAAGGAAUGUUGGUUUACCUUUUCACUGAUUGACAGUAUAAAAUUAGAGGAAGCUUACAAUUCUGGUAAUGACACUUUAGACAUACCAACUGAUGGGGGAAGAUAUGAUGUCAAUAUAUCACAGAGGACAAAGAAAUCUGUGUAUUGGGAUGAUGAUAUGCCAUCCUCUGUACGCAGGUGUACUUGGUUCUUUAAGAGAGAAUUAGACAGUAGAUAUGUACCUUAUGAAGAACAGUUUGCCCAGCAGAUUGAGAAUGAAUACAGAAAUGCAGUGUUAAAUAAUACAUGGCAUAAAAGACUUGAGUUCCCAGGAGGGGAGACAAUCGUGAUGCAUAAUGCCAAUGUGAUUGUACAUUUCACAGCGUCUUCACAGCCUGACGAGUGGGGGAUGGUUCAGGGCAUGUCUCCUAUGGUGGGAGAAGGGAUGAGACCAAGAGUAGUUAAAAGAGGUGUAGAAGAUUUUGCAACAAUUGAAGAUGGAGAACCAUCUCAGGUAGACCAUGUUGUAUUUGUUGUGCAUGGUAUAGGAAAAUUCUGUGACGUUAAAUUUAGAAAUAUUGUGGAAUGUGUUGAUGACUUCCGUUCAAUAUCACUAGAACUACAGAACAGCCAUUUUAGGAAGUAUAAGGAUGAGAAUAGAAUCGGCAGAGUUGAAUUCCUUCCUGUUCUUUGGCAUUCUGUGUUACAUGGAGAUGCCACUGGUGUAGAUCAACGGCUGAAGGCUAUCACUUUACCAAGCACUCAGAAGCUUCGUAACUUUGUUAAUGACACCCUGAUGGAUAUCUUGUUUUAUACUAGUCCAGUUUAUGCACAGUGUAUAGCAGACACAGUUGGCACAGAGAUGAACAGAUUAUAUCAGCUAUUUUGUAACAGAAAUCCCAGCUUUCAGGGAGCAGUGUCUGUUGCAGGGCAUAGUUUAGGGUGUUGUGUAUUGUUUGACCUACUUCUUCACCAGAAGGAUGAGGAUACUGAUGACACUCCCACACAUGAGCAGUAUGUCCCUCCAACACAACCAGAAGUUAUACAACCUGUAGAAACAUUGAAUGGGGAGCUUGAAGAAGAUACUGAAGAAGAAGCCGAGAUGACAUUAGAAGAUCUUCUGGCUAAAGUUGGACUGAAAGAGAAAGUAAAGGUGUUUAACGAUGAACAGAUUGACAUGGAAGCUCUGACAAUGUGUAGUGAAAGUGAUCUUAAAGACCUAGGUUUACCCAUGGGUCCAAGGAAGAAACUUCAGGGUAUUCUCAAAGAAGAACAACAAAAAAAGGUAAACAAGAAACAAUCAGCAGAUAAAAAGAAGAAAGCAGAAGAAGAAAGAAGAAUUAGACAACAGAUAGAACAGGAAAUGCAAAAACAACAAGAAGCUAGUCAACAAAGUAGUCCUCACAGAUCUUCUAGUAUGACUGUAGAUUAUUUAUUGGGAUCUGCAGGAACAGGGCAACCAUCUGUUAAAUAUCCUCAGUUAGACUUCCAACCAAAUUCCCUGUUUGCUUUUGGUUCACCCAUUGGUAUAUUCCUAUCAGCCAGAGGAGUACAGAAUAUAGGGGAAGAUUUCAAACUCCCUACCUGUCCCAGAGUAUUCAAUGUCUUUCAUCCAUUUGAUCCUGUUGCCUAUAGAUUGGAACCUCUAGUCAAUGCAUAUACAUCCAGUUGUAAACCUGUGUUAAUUCCACAUCAUAAAGGCAGAAAAAGACUUCAUUUAGAACUGAAAGAGAGUUUAACUAGAGUAGGAGCAGAUAUAAAACAUAAAAUAAUGGAAUCAUUGAAGAGUACAUGGAAUUCUAUAAAUGAAUUCGCCAAAGCUCACAAAUCUUCUCAGCUAUCAUUAGAAGAACAAGUAGAUUCUCAGAUGUCGUCUGUCAUGCAUGACUUAGACGAUGAUAAGUCAGAUACAGCUUCACAAGUAUCAAACUAUGAAGAUGACAUGGUAGUAGGACAAUUAAAUGAAGGUCGUAGGAUAGACUAUGUGCUACAGGAACGACCUAUAGAAAGCUUUAACGAUUAUAUAUUUGCAUUAACUAGUCAUGGAUGUUAUUGGGAGUCAGAGGACACAGUGUUAUUAGUGUUAAGAGAAAUAUAUGGACCUUUAGGAAUGAUGCCACAAAUGCCUGGACCAGAUUCAUCUAAGAACUCUUUCCCCUCAGGACCUGUACCAUUAUACAAUAAACCACAGGGUGGUGUUGGACCUCCUCCUCCUCAAUUCACACAAGCAGUGCCCCCUAUGGGACAUUCUCCUAGUGUGCCUCAAAUGUCAGCUGGACUGCCUCCUCAGUCUAUUAAUAGACCUAUGUCGGCACCUCCACCACCCAGCCAUAAUUUUGGUCCUCCUCCAAUGCAAGGAUUUCUUAAGAAAUAAUGUAUUGAAAUAAUGCUGUGAUGUUUUUAUUAUUGAUGAAAAGGUAAAUGGAAAGUCUUGCUGAAAAUAAUACUGUUUGUUAGUGACAGUUACAGAAUACGCUGAAAUUUCUUUAAAUUUAUCAGGCAUUAGCAUAAUUUGACAUAUAUUUUGCCACACCAGUAUAUUUUUAAACUUUUGUAAAUGAUACAUGUAUUUUUUUAUAAUGGAACCAAAAUUGCAUGUGCAAACAAAUUAUAAGGACAGAUGGGUUUUAUCUGUUUGAAGAUAUAGUUUUUGGUUUUAUAUAUAAUUUAAGCAUCUUCUAAAAAAAAGUUCUUUACUAUCCUCAAAAUUAACUUUGGUAUCAAUAAAUUGGUUCCAAGUUAGCUUUUUGUUGGUUUUUGAAGCAUAAUAUUGAAAUAAUGAAGUUACCUUAAAAUUUAAAAGAAUUAACAUUGGUGUUAAGAAUGUAUACAAUUGAAGUUGAAUUGGUGAUAAGAAUAUAUACUUUUUAUGUUACAUGAGCUGAGAAGCAUUUAAGAAACAAGUCAUUAUUAGUGAAGUCGUUUGAUAUCAAUGUCAUAUGUUUCAUAUGGUAUUCAUUGAACUAAAAUAAUGGUGUAUGUCAUUAGAUAUUUAUUCAUGUCAUCUCAAAUCUGUAUAAGGUUUAUUGUUUAUUUUAACAUGAUUUUAAGUUGGUGCAAUAUGUUUUCAUGAUUAGCAUGAUUAGUAUAUAUAAUAUCAAGGUUUAGCAGCAUUAUAACAUUUUCAGUGAAGUCCUGCUUAAAUAUAUUAAUUUUGAGAAUGUUUAAUUCAACAUCAAUCUCUGGGUAUUGUCAUCAAUUUUUCCCUGCAUGGUAACCAUGGGUGCAUUCCAAAUUAUUAUUUUGCAAUAACCCCCCUCUUGAAAACAUAAUCAUUUAAUCUGCAUUAUUAUGUGUGAAUGAAUUUCUGAAUACUCCUUACAUGACUUGAGAGUUUAUUCAUAUUUUAUCAUUUAUAUUUCAGUAAUUGAAAGUUAUCUUUUUACUUUGUUUAUUUUCUGUUUUCUGUAAUUUUUGUAGAGAAUUAUUUUUAUUUAACAUUCCAGUAUUUAAGUGGUAUUAUUCUUCCAAAUUUUUUAGGGUUUGUUUUUGAGGAAUUAAAGAGUUUUGGUUUAAGUUAUAUACAUUCAAUUUAAUAUUUACAAAAAAAGAAGGUUGUCUCUUAUGUAUACAUCAACCAAUAUUCUUUUGAAUGUUAUAUAAAUAAAGGUUGUAGUUAGUGAGAGGUCUGAGCGAAAGAUUUAAGUACAAUUUUGAAAAUGGAUAUCUAGUUGUUCUUCACAUACAUAUACUCUGCAAUACCUUAUAGAUAUAUGUAUCUUCCAUUAAAUACAUACUAUUUAUAUAUGAAUUCACAGUAACUCAUGUCUCUGUUGGGAAGUUUGUCUCUUUUACAUCAAAGAAUAUGUGAGAAUAUCCCUUACUGUCAAAGGACCUAGCUUCAAUGUUAUAUAUGUAUUUGUACUAAAGUAAGGUUGUGGUCAAACUGAAAAAAAGACUGUUAGUGCAAGUUUAAGAAUGAUUCAGUGCUAAAUAAAUAAAAUAUUUAACAUGAAGUGUGUUAUAAAUGAAAUGAAGUGAUGUUUGCAUGAAAUUACAUUAGAUGCAUGUUUCAUUAUACAUUGUAAAUGAUAUUUUGAUUGGCUAACUGCACAUCACAUGUUAUUCCAUGGAAUUGCAUUACUCAAUAAAACUUAUCAUUCAUGAUAACACAAGGUCCCACAUAAAGUGCACAUGUGAAUUAUAUUUAAAAAAUUGAUAAAAGUCGUCUUGUCAUGAUCCUAGCUAAAAAAUGCUUCUUUUUGUAACUUCAUAGGGCUGUAAGAAGUUUCCGUGCUUCAUACAAAAUGUACUUUGGUCAACGCUUUUACACCCCAAUGAAGUUACAAAAAGAAGCAUUCAAUACUUAAAUAAAUGUUUGAUUGAAACAAAUCUGGCAAAUAUAAAGCAAAUAAAAAUAAGGGCAAUUCUAUAUUCAUAUAUUAAUCAAAAAUAUUGUUUCAUUUUACUUUUAAAUCGAAGAAGCUUAUUUUUAACCAUACAAAAGCUACCACCAAAUUACAAAUAAAUAACUGCCAUUAAAUUUCAACUACAUGCUUUUGAAAAAUUAUACCUAGUCAUUUGAACAAUUUUGUUUCUGUUCAAGAAGUCACUUCACUUCUGAUAUCAAUAAUUGUUUUAAAACCAAAAUAAAAAGACAUGAAAGCAAAUAUCAUACUUUUUUCACAGAAUAUUUUUAACUUCAAAAUUUAUUAUGUAUGACUGCAAGAAGCAUAUUUUUUGUAAUAUUCUACUUGGCAUAAACCAAAUACAUUUUAUUUUUUUACUUGAACUUAAUAUUGUUUUACAAUUAGACAUAAUAUAUUGUAUGACAAUUCAUGAUGAAGUCAAAUCAUCUCUGUAUUGACUAUGUACCUGUUGAAAUGUUUAUUUCACAGUAUAAAAAGUUUUUUUCAUGUCCAUGUAGUGAUUUUGAGAAUGAGUUAAUACACCAUAAUCUUUCUUUUUUUUAAAUGCGAUAUCACAAGAUUAAACAAAUGAUACAAAACAUUGUAUGUUUUGAUUGUUGAAGGUGUGUCUUCAUAAAUAUGUACAUAAGUAUAAAUUAUUAAAAUUUUAACGGUGCUGUA